AUGUAUCGGUGCCAAGACUGUCAUGGUGCAGAGUUGAUGUGUCCCACAUGUGCUGUGCAUAUACACAAGAGGCAGCCGUUUCACAGGAUUGAGUGCUGGAACGGUACCUCGUUUCAGAUCACUACAUUGAAGGCCUUGGGGGCCCACUUUCAACUCAAGCAUCCCAUUGGUGUCCAAUGCAUCAAUCUGAUCCCUGCAUUCAACAAUGACUUCGUUAUCCUCGACUGCAAUGGUAUUCACGAAGUCGGACUUGAUUUCUGUGGAUGUGAGUCUGCUCAGCCGCACAUUAUUCAGUUGUUACGUGUUCGCUUGUUUCCUGCCACAACGUCAGACCCUAAAUCAGCCGCCACCUUUCGCGUGUUAGAGUAUUUUCAAAUGCUGUCCUUUGAAUCUAAAGUAUCGGUAUGGGAGUUUUACAAUACAGUUGCUUGCCUCAUGGAAAACACAGGCAAUGUCCUCAAGGAUCGUUAUGAUAGUCUCCGCCGGAUGAUACGUGAAUGGCGCUUUGUGAUGCAAAUGAAGCACUGCGGUCAGGGUCAUCAUCCGGGAGGCAUUAAAGCAACAGAGGCUGGUGCUUGCGCUGUCUUAUGCCCUGCCUGUCCCCAUCCAAACAAAAAUCUACCUGUUGGGUGGGAAAAUUCUCCACCGGAAUUCCAAUUUUUAUAUGCGAUAUUCCUUGCAAUCGACGCCAAUUUCCGACUGGUUCGGCAUAAUGUAUCAUCAGACACCAUUGAUCCUGGAUUGAAUCAUGGGUACACAUUUUUCGUGGAGGAGACUGGGUACAAGCACUUCCUGGCUUUGUGCAAUAGGGUGGGCAAUGCUCAGGAGAAGAGCACAUGUUCUAGCCACUCCGCUGUGAACCUGGCGGAUAUGAGAGCUUUGUGUGGACUUGCAGCAAUGGGUGUAGGCACAGUUAAUUGUGCAUGGCACAAUUUCAAGCGACCGUGUUCAGUCGGUGACUUACAAAAGGGGGAGAGGUACAUCAACAUGGAUUAUCUUUUUUUUUCAAGCAUGCGGUCUUCACACAACAUUCACGUCCUUAAUAUAUCUUAUGACAUUGCCUGUCAGUGGAACAAAAACCUUUGGUCACGCAUGUCAGCAUUCCCACAUGAGUAUUGUAUUGACCACGACAACAAGCUUGUCACAUUCCUAGUUCCUAAAUUCCAUCUGCCAGUGCACAUCGCCAGUUGCCAAACGAGGUUCUCAUUUAACUUUAUCAAAGGUGUUGGGCGGACUGAUGGUGAAGCCCCGGAGCGCAGGUGGGCAGAUAUUAACCCUAUCACUACAAGCACUCGUGAGAUGGGACCUGGAUCGAGGCAAGACACUGUAGAUGACCACUUUAACAACUGGAAUUGGAAGAAGGUCUGCACCAUGGGCACCAUUCUCCUCUGUAAAUAUAAGGCUGCAAUACCUAAGGCUGAAGAACGUGCCGGUGAUCUUAAGGAGUUUGAGGCUGCCCUUGAUGCAGAUCAAUUAGCUGGAUGGCGGAAAGAGAUUGAGAUGUGGGAGUCAGACUGCUCCUUGACGAAUCCGUUUGAAGUCAAAGCAAGGACUACUGUGACCCAGGCUGCCAUGCAUCUGGCAUUAUCGAAGGCCAAGGUGGAAGAAAUCGAUAAGUAUUCAGGUACAAGUAUUGUAGUCAUCGCUCACACAGCUUCAUGUAGACAAUGUGUUGAGUUUGAGGCGAAGACCAUCGGACAGCAUGCCACAGAUGCCCAAAAAGUCAAGAUACUCCAACACAUCAAUAGCCUCCACCUACAACUGUUAUACAUGCCCUACGUCUCCUGCCUGCGUUCACCCAAUGACAUUGCCUCUGAGGACAAGGCCCACAAAAUCAACCUCUUUCUCCCUUCAUCACUGCCCCCGACAUUCCCAUGUGACAACCGCUUACUAAAGUAUGAAUGGGAUUUGCGUCAAGCGCAGGCAAACAAUGCUCUAAAUGACCUCUGCGCUCGUGCGAACACUCGUGCUCAUGGCAUCAUCAAUUCUGCUGAAAGCCAAAUUGAUGCAAUAUCAGCUAAGUACACAGCUGCCCGAGACGCACUUGUUAUACUUGCAUCGAAACUAGGCAAGAAUGAUGACUGGCGGCGGAUACUGAAGCCACUGGACAGGACAAAAGAUGCGGUCCCACUCAAACACGACAAAGGGAAGACGGUCGGCCAACAGAAUAUUUCAUGGAUAUGGAAAGUGGCUGGGGUAUCAAACAAUCAGGAGGAAGGACUGCAGGAUUCAUUACGUGUGGAAUGGUGCAAGGCGCGGGCACGGGCUCAUCAGUGGGAGGAGGAAGUCCAGCUCCUGUGUGAGGAAAUGCAUUGUGUUCUUGCCUUCUUGGAGUGGCAGGCUGGAUGGUGGGACGCGCAAGGCUUGCAACACCAAUUUGUCUCGUCUGCAUUCACAGAGGGGGCAGUUGCAUAUGCACAUUGCCAGGCAAUGCUAUGCCGGAGAAUGUCUGCACAGUUCAGGUUGUUGUGGGAAGCCAUCCCCUCAUGGACUGCUGUGCCUCUCGUGGACUAA